UGGCCGAGUUCCGGGAGCGCAGGUGCGGCUUCCGUGUCAAGAUGGCUGCCGCCUGUCGGUCUAUGGCUUCCCUCCUUCCCGGCCUCCUCUGCCGCCUACCCGCUGGGGCCCAGAUGCUGCGCGUUGCCCUGUGUCUCCUAUGCUGGGUCCCGGCGGCUGUGGAUGCAGUCCCUGAGCUCGGGCUUUGGACGAGGACGGUCAAUGACAAAUCAGGACCUUUGAUAUUCAGGAAAACUAUGUUUAACUCUACUGAUAUCAGAUUUUCUGUGAAGUCGUUCAGUUGCUCCGGACCUGUGAAGUUUACCAUAGAGUGGCAUUUGAAGUAUCACACCUGUCACAAUGAGUACCCUGAGCUGGAGGAGGAGCUGUUCCAAAAACAUGAACUUCAUGCUGAUGGAGAUGUCUGUGCUUACUUCAAAAACAUUGACUGUUGGACAACAAAAAGUGAAAACUUAGAUUGCAGCAGUGAUUCACAGGCUUUUCCUUCAUUAAAUAAUAAAGAACUAGCAGGUAUCAGGAACAUUUCAACCCAGGAAGGAUCAAUGGAUGUUGUAGCCAGGACCCAGAAAGAUGGCUUCCAUAUCUUCAUUGUUUCUAUUAAAACGGAGAAAACAGAUGCAAUCUGGGAUUUAAAUGUUUCUCUUUCCAUGGUGGGGCCUCACGGCUACAUCUCUGCAUCCGACUGGCCUCUCAUGAUUUUUUACAUGGUGAUGUGUAUUGUUUACAUAUUAUAUGGUGUCCUCUGGCUGCUGUGGUCUGCCUGUUACUGGAAAGAUAUACUGAGAAUCCAGUUCUGGAUUGCAGCUGUUAUUUUCCUAGGAAUGCUUGAAAAGGCAGUUUUUUAUAGUGAAUACCAAAACAUCAACAGCACUGGACUGUCGACCCAAGGUUUACUGAUAUUUGCGGAGUUGAUAUCUGCAGUUAAGAGGACGUUGGCUCGCCUGCUUGUGAUCAUUGUGAGCUUGGGUUAUGGCAUUGUGAAGCCGCGGUUGGGAACAGUGAUGCACCGGGUGAUUGGACUGGGCCUGCUUUACUUGAUCUUUGCAGCCAUUGAAGGUGUCAUGAGAGUCAUCGGGGGUUCUAAACAUUUAGCUGUUGCUUUGACUGACAUUGUUUUAGCAGUUAUUGACUCCAUUUCUGUGUGGUUCAUUUUUAUAAGUUUGGCACAGACUAUGAAGACUCUGAGGCUAAGAAAGAAUACAGUGAAAUUUUCAUUGUAUAGGCAUUUUACAAAUACACUCAUCUUUGCUGUGCUGGCUUCUAUAGUGUUCAUGGUGUGGACAACAAAGACCUUCAGGAUAGCAAAAUGCCAAUCAGACUGGAUGGAGCUGUGGGUUGACGAUGCCUUUUGGAGCUUCCUCUUUUCACUCAUCCUUAUUGUGAUAAUGUUCUUAUGGAGGCCAUCAGCAAAUAAUCAGAGGUAUGCCUUCAUGCCCUUGAUAGAUGACUCUGAUGAUGAAGUUGAGGAAUUCAUGGUAACAUCUGAAAAUUUAACUGAAGGAAUAAAACUAAGAGCCUCAAAAACGGUUUCGAACGGAACAGCUAAACCCACUUCUGAGAACUUCGAUGAAGAUUUGAAGUGGGUGGAAGAAAAUAUUCCCUCUUCCUUCACAGAUGUAGCUCUCCCAGUGUUAGUGGACUCAGAUGAGGAAAUUAUGACCAGAUCUGAAAUAGCUGAAAAAAUGUUCUCUUCAGAAAAGAUAAUGUGAUCAGGGCCCCAGUGGGUCCAGUGUGCAUGGGAGCGCGGUCAGGUGAUGGGAAAGGCCUGGCUCUCGUCAAAACUGACAGCUGCGCUAUGAUACAUGUCUCACUUUGUUGUCUUGGAGAUCUGUGUAUGCAGGUGAAGAACUCAGGUGUGGGAGGGUCUGCCGCCCUCAGAAAGCCAUCUUUGAAACGGACUCAUGAAGUCAGUUUUGUUGCCAUUAAGUUGCCUGAUUUUGGGAACAAUUUAAGAAGUGUUAAAGACGUGUGUUCAGAUGCCUCUUAGGCGGUAGCCACAGGCAUGCCAGGUUGUGUCCCUCAGUUUUCUCCAGACAAAAGAAUCUGCAGCUGGGCCUGGCGGCACACUACUGGCAGUUGAAUGUCUGUAAUUUCAAGGCCAAGCCUGGUCUACAUAGUUCCAGGACAACCAGAGAGAUCUACAUAGUGAGACCCUGCCUCAAAACACAGAAACCAAAAAGAAAAAAGAAAAGAGAAAAAUCUCUGUGAACAUUCCUUCCCCUCAACUUCGAGAUAACAUGAUUCUCCUGAAUGCUAACACGGCGGUCUUCAUCUUUUUAGUGAUCAUUUUAUUCGAUUUUUUUAUACUGAAGUGACAAUAUUGGAACUCAAGCAUGUUCAUUUAUUUAAUCUUGCCCCUUUCGUUGGUGUGCACACAGCCUUUGUUUGUAAAUACCACCAUGCACUCCAGUUCACAGUCUGAGCACGGGAACACGUGUGCACAAAGACUGCAGGCCUCAGGUACAUGUGCUGCUGCUACUUCUGCUGUGAACCUGGCCACGCGACUCCCUAUAGCACUUUAUCCCAGCCCGGGGUGCACUGUCUUGUGAACCUUGUGAAGACUUGUGAAGUACCAAUUGGUUACACAAACAUCUAACUAUACAUCAACAUGUAAUUAACCAGCUCUCAACCGUAUUUUACACCUUGUUAAAUUAUGUUUAUAAUGUAUGAUUGAAAGUUUCUGUUCUAAUAAUUUUUAAACAAAGAAUGUUCUAGACUUGAAAGGCACUUGAAUGUAGAGUGAUGAAAAUGUGAACGUUUGCCACUUUCGUGACCAAAGAUACCAGGCUGUUGGACAUUGAGUGUGGUAAUGACAGGCAGGGUCUUGUAUGCCUUCUCUCUGGAGGACUUCUGGCCUUGUGGGUCAGAACCCUGGGAAAACUGAGAAAACAUGGAAAUGAUAAGAAGUACUAUCCAGAGCCUGUGAAGAUUUUCACUGUGGCACCACAAAACAAACCUUUUUCUUUCAAAUGCCUA